CGCCCAUGCAGCCCACCGCGUCGUGGGCGCCCGCCGGGGUCCCCCGCGGCUGCUACCGCCGCCGCUUGCGCCGUCGCCUCCGCUUUCCCGCCCGCGUUCGGCCGGGCGCCGCCUGCCCCCUGCUUCCCUCUCCGCUGCGGUCAUGUAGGAAAUCAUAAAUCAUGUGAAGAUGGGACUCUUGGUAUUUGUGCGCAAUCUGCUGCUAGCCCUCUGCCUUUUUCUGGUACUGGGAUUUUUGUAUUAUUCUGCGUGGAAGCUACAUUUACUCCAGUGGGAGGACUCCAAUUCAGUGGUUCUUUCCUUUGACUCCGCUGGACAAACACUAGGCUCAGAGUAUGAUCGGUUGGGCUUCCUCCUGAAGUUGGACUCUAAACUGCCUGCUGAGUUAACCAGCAAGUACGCAAACUUCUCAGAAGGUGUUUGCAAGCCUGGCUACGCUUCAGCCUUGAUGACGGCCAUCUUCCCCCGGUUCUCCAAGCCAGCACCCAUGUUCCUGGAUGACUCCUUCCGCAAGUGGGCAAGGAUCCGGGAAUUUGUGCCGCCUUUUGGGAUCAAAGGUCAAGACAACCUGAUCAAAGCCAUCCUGUCAGUCACCAAAGAGUAUCGCCUAACACCUGCCUUGGACAGUCUCAACUGCCGCCGCUGCAUCAUUGUGGGCAAUGGAGGUGUCCUUGCCAACAAGUCUCUGGGGUCACGAAUUGAUGACUAUGACAUUGUGGUCAGGUUGAAUUCUGCGCCUGUGAAAGGCUUUGAGAAGGACGUGGGCAGCAAAACCACCCUGCGCAUCACCUACCCCGAGGGCGCCAUGCAGCGGCCCGAGCAAUAUGAACGUGAUUCUCUCUUUGUCCUCGCUGGCUUCAAGUGGCAGGAUUUCAAGUGGCUGAAGUACAUCGUCUACAAAGAGCGCGUGAGCGCAUCAGACGGCUUCUGGAAGUCUGUGGCUACCCGAGUGCCCAAGGAGCCUCCUGAGAUUCGCAUCCUCAACCCAUAUUUCAUCCAGGAGGCCGCCUUCACCCUCAUCGGACUCCCCUUCAACAAUGGCCUCAUGGGCCGCGGGAACAUCCCGACCCUCGGCAGCGUGGCUGUGACCAUGGCACUACACGGCUGUGAUGAGGUGGCAGUUGCAGGCUUUGGCUACGACAUGAGCACACCCAAUGCACCCCUGCACUACUAUGAGACCGUGCGCAUGGCAGCCAUCAAAGAGUCCUGGACACACAAUAUUCAGCGUGAGAAAGAGUUUCUGAGGAAGCUAGUAAAAGCCCGUGUCAUCACUGACCUAACCAGUGGCAUCUGAGGUGGGCCCAGCACACAGCCACAGAGGUCCAGGCCCCUCCAGGAACAAGGAGCAGUUGCCACCACCUGCCUACUUGAUUGGCCUCAGUCUGGCUCUGCCUGAAAGGCACAGGAGUCUUCAGACCCAGAGAAGGAUAGUGCCAAGUGAUCCCCGGGCUGGUGAGGCCAUGGCAGGGCAGCCAGAGCUGUGUCUGCUCAGAGACCAGCACUCAGCCUCACUCUCAGUCUGGAUCCUUGAAGCCAGAAGGCCAAGAGGCCUCUGGCUGUGCCCAGCAGGCCCCACAUGCAGGAGGUGGGACAUUCAGCAGCAGGGCCGCUGCCGGAAUCAUUUCUCCAAUCAGUGUUUGGUGUAUUAUCAUUUUGUGAAUUCGGGUUGGGGGGAGGGGAGGGAUAAUUUAUUUUUAAAUAAGGUUGGAGAUGUCACAUUGGAUCUACUUGCUGUGCAGAAAGAGGCCCACUAGAGGGCCCAUCAGGCAGUGAUACCAACAGGGUCCUGCAGAGUGGGAAUACCAUGACUAGCUGGACCCUACUCUGGGGCUGCAGGAGAGGAACAAGUUGUCUGUCAUGCCAGGCCCUUCCAGCCCACAACACUGUUUGGCCUUUCUUGGGGUUUUCCUGCUCACAAGCCCCUAACUAUCCCACAGCACAACCCUGGAACCAUCCUUUAAGACAAUAAGAUAGUCUCCAGGCUAGUACAGUGAACUCCAGGGCUUAGGAGUUGAGGCCUGGCCCAGCCCAUGGGGCUAGCCCCCUCCCCAGCUGCAACUGAUCCACAGGACAUUGCCCCCCACAUCUGGAGUGGACCAUCUGGGCAGGUUUCAGCAAUGAGGCUGUUAGACCAUUGGGUUCUGCCUUUAACCUGGAACAGAGGGAACAGUGCGAGAACCUUACCCAGGCUGUGGCAGCCUAUGGAACAGCCGUCAUGGAAGCAAUAAAGCUCUUCCCUGAA